AUGGCCCUGCUCCUGUGGGUCUUCAGCCUACUGGGCUUCAUCUGCUCGGGUUCGGCCAACAUCUUUGAGUACCAGGUGGAUGCCCAGCCGCUCCGUCCCUGCGAGCUGCAGAGGGAAAAGGCCUUUCUGAAGCAAGCAGACUACGUGCCGCAGUGCUCAGAGGAUGGCAGCUUCCAGCUUGUCCAGUGUCAGAAUGAUGGCCGCUCCUGCUGGUGUGUGGGUGCUAAUGGCAUAGAGGUACCAGGCAGCAGGCAGCCUGGACGACCAGUGGCUUGCCUGUCCUUCUGUCAGCUGCAGAAACAGCAGAUCUUGUUGAGUGGCUACCUGAACAGCACAGCCACAUCCUACCUCCCUCAGUGUGGGGACUCGGGGGAAUACACGCCCAUCCAGUGCGACGUGUGGCAGGAGCAGUGUUGGUGUGUGGACACAGAGGGCAUGGAGGUGUACGGGACCCGUCAGCGGGGCAGGCCAAGGCGAUGUCCCAGGAGCUGUGAAAUAAGAAACCGCCGUCUUCUCCAUGGGGUGGGGGACAAGUCGCCACCCCAGUGCUCAGCAGAUGGAGAGUUUCUGCCUGUCCAGUGCAAAUUCGUCAACACCACAGACAUGAUGAUCUUUGAUCUGGUCCAUAACUACAACAGGUUUCCAGAUGCAUUUGUGACCUUCAGCUCUUUCCGGAGCAGGUUCCCAGAGGUGUCUGGGUACUGUCACUGUGCCGACAGCCAAGGGCGGGAACUGGCUGAGACAGGUUUGGAAUUAUUGCUGGAUGAAAUUUAUGACACCAUUUUUGCUGGCCUGGACCUUGCUUCUACCUUCACUGAAACCACCCUGUACCGGAUAUUGCAGAGACGGUUCCUAGCAGUUCAAUUUCUCAUCUCUGGUAGAUUCCGAUGCCCCACGAAAUGUGAAGUGGAAGGGUUCACAGCAACCAGCUUUGGUCACCCCUAUGUUCCAAGCUGCCGCCGAAAUGGGGACUACCAGGCAGUGCAGUGCCAGACAGAUGGGCCGUGCUGGUGUGUGGAUGCUCAGGGGAAGGAAAUCCAAGGAACUCGGCAGCAAGGGGAGCCACCAUCGUGUGCUGACAACCAGUCUUGUGCCUCUGAACGGCGACGGGCCUUGUCCAGGCUCUACUUUGGGACCUCAGGCUACUUCAGCCAGCAUGACCUGUUUUCUUCCCUUGAGGAAGGACGAGGCUCUCAGCAGGUGGCCAGACUGGCAACAUCCUGCUCUUCAAUCAAGGAGCUCUUUGUCAACUCAGGCCUUCUCCACCCAAUGGUGGAAGGGCAGGGUCCACAGGUUUCCACCUCAGAAAGUCUCCUCAAAGAAGCUGUCCAAGUGCUUUUCCCCUCCCGACAGCUAGCUCAGCUUGCCCUUCAGUUUACCACCAACCCAAAGAGACUCCAGCAAAACCUCUUUGGAGGGAAAUUUUUGGAGAAUGUUGGCCAGUUUAACAUGUCUGGAGCCCUUGGCACAAGAGGCACAUUUAACUUCAGCCAGUUUUUCCAACAACUUGGUCUCUCGGGCUUCCAAAAUGGGGAGAGACUAGAAGAACCAGCUAAGCUGCUCUCUGUGAGACUGGAUCCAAAUUCUUCUGCAGAAACCCCUGAAACCUCUAAGAAGGGUGUUGCUAUGAAUAAGGCAAUUGUGGGCAGCUUUGGCUUUGAAGUUAACCUACAAGAGAACCAAAAUGCCCUAAAAUUCCUUGUGUCUCUUCUGGAGCUUCCAGAGUUCCUGCUUUUCUUGCAGCGUUCUAUUUCUGUGCCUGAAGAUGUAGCAAAGGAUUUAGGCGAUGUGGUCGAGAUGGUGCUCAGCUCCCAGACCUGUGAGCAGAGGCCUGGAAGGCUAUUUGUCCCAUCAUGCACAACAGAAGGACGCUAUGAGGAUGUCCAGUGCUUCACUGGAGAGUGCUGGUGUGUAGAUUCCCAGGGCAAAGAACUUCCUGGCUCGAGAGUCCAAGGAGGACGACCAAGGUGCCCCACGGAGUGUGAAAAGCAAAGGGCUGAUGUGCAAAGCCUCAUGGGUAGUCAGCCUGCUGGGUCCAGCUUGUUUUUCCCUGCUUGUACCAGUGAGGGACACUUCCUCCCUGUCCAGUGCUUCAACUCUGAGUGCUACUGUGUUGACAGUGAGGGUCAGGCCAUUCCUGGAACUCGAAGUAUAACUGGCGAACCCAAGCAGUGUCCCACACCCUGCCAGUUGCAGGCUGAGCAAGCUUUUCUCAGGACCGCGUCAGCCCUGCUGUCCAAUUCCAGCACGUCACCUGCCCGCUCUGUCCCUUACGUCCCCCAGUGCAGUGCUGAGGGGCAGUGGAGACGGGUGCAAUGUGACGGCCCCCCUGAGCAGGUCUUCGAGUGGCACCAAAGAUUGGAAGAUCUGAACCAGGGCUUGGAGCUGACCCUCACUGAGCUGCUAAUGAAGAUCAUGAGCUAUAGAGAAGCGGCUUCUGGAAACUUCCAUUUCUUUAUUCAAAGUCUGUAUGAGGCUGGUCUGCAAGGCAUCUUCCCAGUGCUGACACAGUACCCUUCUUUCCAAGACGUCCCACUGGCAGUACUGGAAGGGAAUAUAACUCAGCCAGAGAAGAACAUCCUCCUGGAGCCCUAUGUCUUCUGGCAGAUCCUAAAUGGCCAGCUUAGCCGAUACCCAGGUCCCUACUCAGACUUCAGCACCCCCCUGGCGCACUUUGACCUUCGGAAUUGCUGGUGUGUGGACGAGUCUGGUGGAGAACUGGAAGGAACGUGGGCUGGGCCAAGCACGUUCCCAGCAUGCGCUGGCUCCUGUGCGGAAGUGAAGCUCCGCGUGCUGCAGCUCAUGAGGGAAACGGAAGAGAUAGCCUCAGCCUCCAACAGCUCUCGGUUCCCCCUGGGAGAGAGUUUCCUAGUGGCCAAGGGAAUCCGGCUGAGCAGAGCAGAGCUGGGCCUUCCCCAGGGCGCCCCCUCCUGGGAGACCUUCUCAGAGAGGUUCCUGCGUGGGGAUGACGACCAUGCUGUUCUCUUGGCGGCUCUGUCUGCCUUAACCUUCUAUCAGAGACGCCGCUCUUCCCUGGACAACUGGGUGGAAGUACCCACCCUCCCGCGGUCUGGCCCCUACAUGCCGCAGUGUGAUGCAUUUGGAAACUGGGAGCCUGUGCAGUGCCAUGCUGGGACUGGGCACUGCUGGUGUGUGGACGGAAAAGGAGAGUUUGUCCCUGCCUCACUGACUACCCGGUCCCCACAGAUCCCUCAGUGCCCCACAACCUGUGAGAAGUCGCGAGCCAAUGGACUUCUUUCUGGUUGGAAACAGGCUGGAUCCCAAGGAAACCCAUCUCCAAAAGACCUGUUCAUCCCAGCUUGCCUAGAGACCGGAGAGCACUCCAGGCUGCAGGCGUCAGAGGCUGGUAUCUGGUGUGUGGACCCCACGUCGGGAGAACGGAUGCCGCCUGGCUCAAACAGCAGUGCCCAGUGCCCGGGCCUCUGUGAUGUGCUCAAGAGUGGAGUCCUCUCCAGGACAGUCGGCCUUGGCUUCAUCCCAGACUGUGAUGCACAGAAUGGAGGCUUUUCCCCAAUGCAAUGCGACCCUGACCAGAGCAGUUGCUGGUGUGUCACAGGCAGUGGAGAGGAGGUGUCCGAGACCCGCGUGGCUGGGAGCAAGCCUGCCUGUGAGAGUCCGCAGUGCCGGCUGCCGUUCGAUGCCUCAGGGUUGGCUGGAGGAGCAAUCCUGUGUGAGAGCGUCUUGGGUCCAGCAGGGGCUGUUGUCCAGCAGUGCCGGCUGCUGUGCCGCCAAGGCUACCGGAGUGUGUUCCCAGAAGGGCUCCUGGUGUGCAGCCUGGAGAGUGGACGCUGGGAGUCACCGCCUCCCCAGCCACGGGCGUGCCAGCGGCCCCAGCCGUGGCAGACCAUCCAGACCCAAGCGCACUUCCAGCUCCAGCUCCCGCCGGGCAAGAUGUGCAGCGUGGACUACGCGGGCCUGCUGUGGGCGUUCCGGGUCUUCAUAGGGGACGAGCUGAUGGCCCGUGGCUUCUGCCAGAUUCAGGUGAAGACUUUUGACACCCUGGUUUCCAUUCCUGUCUGUGACGACUCCUCCGUGCAGGUGGGGUGUGUGACCGGGGAGCGAUUAGGAGUGAAUGUCACAUGGAAAUCACGGCUGGAGGACAUCCCCGCGGCCUCUCUUCCUGAUUUGCACGACAUUGAGAGGGCCUUAGUGGGCAAGGACUUCCUUGGGCACUUUGCAGAUCUGAUCCAAAGUGGCAUGUUCCAGCUGCAUCUGGAUUCCAAGAUUUUCCCAGCAGACACCUCCAUCCGCUUCCUCCAAGGGGACCGCUUUAGCACCUCUCCCAGGACAUGGUUUGGGUGCUUGGAAGGAUUCCACCGAGUCUUGACCACCAGCGAGGACAGUCAAGACCCACUAGGGUGUGUUAAGUGUCCAGAAGGAAGCUACUCUCAAGAUGAGCGAUGCAUUCCCUGUCCCGUGGGAUCCUACCAAGAAGAGGCAGGUAGCUCGGCCUGUGUGCUGUGUCCUGAGGGCAGAAUGACCAUUUCCGAGGGAGCUUUCAGCCAGACUCACUGUGUCACCGACUGUCAGAGGAAUGAAGUGGGCCUGCAAUGUGACCAGGAUGGCCAGUACCGAGCCAGCCAGUGGGACGGGGGCAGUGGGAAGGCCUUCUGCGUGGACAGCGAGGGGCAGAGGCUGCCGUGGUCAGAAACAGAGGCGCCACUCAACGACUCUCAGUGUCUGAUGAUGCAAAAAUUCGAGGAAGCUCCAGAGUCAAAGGUGAUCUUCGAUGCCAACACUUCUGUGGCUGUUAGGUCCCAAGUCCCUGGCUCUGAAUUCCCACUGAUGCAGUGCUUGGCUGAUUGUGCAGCGGAUGAUGCCUGCAGCUUCCUCACUACGUCCAUGGUGGGCUCAGAGUUCUCAUGUGACUUCUACACAUGGACAAAUGACAACAUUGUCUGCACGACUUCUGGUCAGGAACAAGGUGCCCUGGGGAACUCAAAGGCCACCAGCUUUGGAAGUCUCGGAUGCCAGGUGAAAGUAAGGAGCCCUGGUCAAGCUUCUCUGGCUGUGUAUUUGAAAAAGGGCCAAGAAUUCACUGUGACACGUCAGAAGAGCUUUGAACCAACUGGUUUCCAAAACAUGCUUUCUGGAUUGUAUAGCCCUGUCGCAUUCUUAGGGGCCAAUCUGACCGAUGCCCACCUCUUCUGUCUUCUUGAAUGUGACCGUGAUCCGUGCUGCGAUGGCUUUGUCCUCACACAAAUCCCAGGAGGUCCCAUCCUCUGUGGGCUGCUGAGCAAUCCCGAUGUCCUGCUUUGCAAUACAGAAGACUGGAGGGACUCUGCUGAGGCCCAGGCCAGAGCCAUGUGUCCUGGCAUGACAUACGACCAGGAGAGCCGCCAGCUGACUUUGCGUCUGGGAGGCCAGGAGUUCACCAGGAGACUGAUGUCACUGCCAGGAUCCCAAGACACUUUUGCCCAUUUCCAGCAGGUUUAUCUCUGGAAAGAUUCUGACAUGGGGUCGCGGCCUGAGUCUCUGGAAUGUAGAAGAGACAUAGUACUGAGGCCAGCAUCACCAACAGAAUCAGGUUUGUCAACUGAACUCUUCUCCUCUGUGGACCUUGCCCGGGUCAUUGUCAGUGGAAACCAAUCUCUGCCUAGACAGCAGUACUGGCUUUUCAAGCACCUGUUUUCAGCCCAGCAGGCAAACCUGUGGUGCCUUUCUCGUUGUGUUCAGGAGGCGUCUUUCUGUCAGCUCGCAGAGGUAACAGAGACUGCACCCUUGUACUUCACCUGUACCCUCUACCCAGAGGCCCAGGUGUGUGACAACACUAUGGAGUCCAGUGCCCAGGGCUGCAGACUGGUCCUGCCCCAUGAACCGAAGGUCCUGUUCCAGAAGAAAGUGAUACUGGAAGAUAAAGUGAAGAACUUUUACACUCGCCUGCCAUUCCAGAAACUGAAGGGGAUUUCCAUCAGAAAUAAGGAACCUAUGUCUCAAAAAACCAUCUCUAGUGGGUUCUUUGAAUGUGAACGCCUAUGUGAUGUGGACCCGUGUUGCACUGGCUUUGGCUUUCUAAAUGUUUCCCAGUCAGAAGGAGGAGAGGUGGUGUGCCUCACUCUGAGCAGCUUGGGACUUCAGAUGUGCAGUGAGGAGAACGGUGGAGCCUGGAGCAUUUUGGACUGUAGCUUUCCUGACGUUGAAGUUCGCACCUAUCCCUUCGGCUGGUACCAGAAGCCCAUCACUCAAAAUCCUGCUCCCAGCUUUUGCCCUUCGGUUGCUCUGCCUUCCCUCACAGAGAAAGUCUCUCUGGACUUGUGGCAGCCCCUGGCCCUUUCUUCAGUAGUUGUUGAUCCAUCCAUCAAGAACUUUGAUGUUAUGCACAUCAGCACUGCUGCCAUCAGCAACUUUUCUGCUGCCCAAGACCUCUGCUUGUUAGAAUGUUCCCAGCACCAGGCUUGCCGCAUAGCAACUCUGCAAACCCGACCUGGGGCUGUAAGGUGUGUGUUCUACUCUGACAUCCAAAGCUGCACACAUAGCCUGCAGGGCCAGAACUGCCAAGUUCUGCUCCAUGAGGAGGCCACCCACGUCUACCGGAAGCCGGGCAUACCUCUGCUCAGCUAUGAGGCGUCUGUACCUUCUGUGCCUAUUGUCACCCAUGGCCAGCUGCUGGGCAGGUCUCAGGCUGUCCAGGUGGGCACAUCAUGGAAGCAAGUGGACCAGUUCCUUGGAGUUCCUUAUGCUGCCCCACCCCUGGCAGAGAGCCGUUUCCGGGCACCAGAGCCCUGGAACUGGACUGGCUCCUGGAAUGCCAGCAGGCCAAGGGCCAGCUGUUGGCAGCCAGGCAUCCUGAUGCCCACAUCUCUUGAAGUCAGUGAAGAUUGCUUAUAUCUCAAUGUGUUUGUCCCUCAGAACAUGGCACCCAACGCAUCUGUGCUGGUGUUCUUCCACAACAUGGUGCAGGGCGACGGGAGUGCAGCAUGGCCCACGGUCGAUGGCUCCAUCUUGGCUGCUGUUGGCGACCUCAUCGUGGUCACUGCUAGCUACCGAGUGGGUGUUUUCGGCUUCCUGAGUUCUGGGUCUGGAGAGGCAAGUGGCAACUGGGGGCUGCUGGACCAGGUGGCAGCUCUGACCUGGGUACGCACCCACAUUGGAGCAUUCGGCGGAGACCCUCGCCGUGUGUGCUUGGCAGCAGACCGUGGCGGGGCUGACGUGGCCAGUAUCCACCUCCUCAAAACCAGAGCCACUGACUCCAGACUCUUCCGGAGGGCUGUGCUGAUGGGAGGCUCUGUGCUCUCGCCGGCUGCUGUCAUCAGCCUUGAGAGGGCCCAGCAGCAGGCAGCUGCUUUAGCAGAGGAGGUCAGCUGCCCCACCUCAUCCAGCCAAGAAGUGGUGUCCUGUCUCCGCCAGAAGCCUGCCAACAUCCUCAAUGAUGCCCAGACCAAGCUCCUGGCCGUGAGUGGCCCUUUCCACUACUGGGGUCCUGUGGUCGAUGGCCUGUACGUUCACGAGGCUCCAGCCAGAGCGUUGCAGAGGUCUCCACAAAUGAAGGUCGAUCUGCUCAUUGGGAGUUCUCAGGACGACGGACUCAUCAACAGAGCCAAGGCCGUGAAGCAAUUUGAAGAACGUCAGGGCAGGACCAAUAGCAAAACAGCCUUUUACCAGGCCCUGCAGAACUCCCUGGGUGGCAAAGACUCAGAUGCCCGUGUCCAGGCUGCUGCUACGUGGUUCUACUCCCUGGAACAUUCCACAGAUGACUAUGCCACCUUCUCCCAGGCUCUGGAGAAUGCUACCCGGGACUACUUUAUCACCUGCCCAGUGAUCGACAUGGCCAGUGCCUGGGCAAGGAGGGCCCAAGGAAAUGUUUUCAUGUACCACGCUCCCAAAACCUAUGGCCAUGACAGCCUGGGGGUGCUGGCAGAUGUACAGUAUGCCUUCGGGCUUCCCUUCCACCCUGCCUACGACGGGCAGUUUUCUCUGGAGGAGAAAAGCCUGUCAUUGAAAAUCAUGCAAUACUUUUCUAACUUCAUCCGAUCGGGAAAUCCUAACUACCCUCAUGAGUUCUCACAGAAAGCCCCCGGAUUUGCAGCCCCCUGGCCUGACUUUGUCCCCAGUGCGGGUGGAGAGAGCUACAAGGAGUUCAGUGCCCUGCUCCCAAGUCGGCAGGGCCUGAAGAAAGCAGAGUGCUCCUUCUGGUCCAAGUACAUUCGGUCUCUGAAGGCGACAGCAGAUGGAGACAAGGAUGAGCUGCCAGCAGAAAGUGACGAGGAGGAGUUGACAGCUGGACCUGGGCUGCGGGAAGACCUCCUGGGUGUCCCAGGACCAGGCUCUAAGAGCUACAGCAAGUGACAAUCCCCAGAGUGCCCUCACUACCCCAUCUCAGACUGCCCACCGUGGUCACCUUAUUUUCCAAAAUAGCCACUUACUU